UUAAGAAGAUUAAAAUUCAUUUAUCCAACAAAAAUCAAAAUGACAUAUACAUCCCCCAUUCUCCCUUCUGAAUUUGUUCCACCCACCUGGUUUUCAUCUUUUUUCCUAUUUUUUCUUCUCUUUUCUUCUUCCUCUAACCAUCUUCCUUCCGAUCUGGUAGCUCUUGUUUCUUCUACGUUUUUUCUUUCCAUUUUCUCCUUUCUUUUCUUCUCCAGAUCUGAGAAAUCUAAUUCAGAUCUGUGAAGAAUUUUCUUCAAGUCUUCUUCAUCUUCUUCCCACCUCUGAUUCUUCACCAGCUAGAACAAGAUGCUCGAAUUGAGUCUGAAAGGGUACUCGCCAGAAUUAUGUCGUCGGAAUUUCUCCCUGAAGAUGCUGUGGGAUUGGCGCUGGAAUUUUUUCCGGAAUUUCUCGCAAGUCACCCGAAUCUGUGCUUGGUUAUCUGAUUGAAGAUGCCGGGGGGAUGGUGAGAGUGGGUGACAGAACCAAUUGAUGGUUCAUGGCGGUGGAGAGGGAAGAUAGGGGUGAGGGUAUAAUGGGAAAGUCAACNAACAAGAUGCUCGAAUUGAGUCUGAAAGGGUACUCGCCAGAAUUAUGUCGUCGGAAUUUCUCCCUGAAGAUGCUGUGGGAUUGGCGCUGGAAUUUUUUCCGGAAUUUCUCGCAAGUCACCCGAAUCUGUGCUUGGUUAUCUGAUUGAAGAUGCCGGGGGGAUGGUGAGAGUGGGUGACAGAACCAAUUGAUGGUUCAUGGCGGUGGAGAGGGAAGAUAGGGGUGAGGGUAUAAUGGGAAAGUCAACCCAAUUUUCAUCACACAUAAAAUUGCCUGCCCGGUCAAACCGGGAAGUUCUUUGGAAGGAGGGAGUAUCCUUUAAUAUCCAACACAUUCAUCGCCAUUGCGGUUAGUUGAUUACGCAGAGUCGCCGACUGGCCACAGAGCGGUGUCGCCGCUCUGAAUCUCAUCUGUCGAUCGAUCGUCUUCCAAAUCUUAGGACGAGAUUAAUCCGUACUUGUAUAGGAGUAGAGUGACCGCUGUGAUUUCGAAAAUGUUAGCGCAGGCGCAGCUACUGUUCACGGUGGCUUUCGGGGAGAUGACGGUGAUACUGCUCCUCCUCUUCAAGACCCCUCUGCGGAAGCUGUUGAUUGCCGCCAUCGACCGGGCCAAACGCGGCCGCGGUCCUCUCGUUGUCAAGUCCGUCGGCGCCACUGUUCUCGUGCUCCUGAUCUACACCGUUUACUCCAUCAGGGACAUCCAAUCCCGGCCCCUCGAGAACCUCAAUCCCACUGAGCAAGUCCUCCUUGCUUACCAAGUCCUUCAAGCCUCCCUCAUGGGGUUUGCACUGUUUCUUUCGCUUAUGAUAGACAGGCUGCACCACUACAUAAGAGAGCUGCGCGUACUGAGGAAGGUUAUGGAAGCUGCCAAGAAACAAGACCAAAGCUUCGAUAACGGUAAGAGUGGUGAUAAGGUCAGUUCCCUAAAAGAAGAGAUAUCCUCACUAAAGUCUAAGAUAAGAGUGCUGGAAUCAGAGCGCAAAGAUGUGAGAGCCAAUAGAGCGAAUUCUGAGUCCCUUAAACAACAGUACGAGAAAAUAGUAGACGAGUAUGGGGAAUUGCUGGAGAAGAAUAAACAUCUUCGAAGCCAAUUGCGUGCUAUUGGUGAAAAGUGAAAACGGGUCUCGUUCAGAUAACAAGAAACUUGGGUUGUCAUUGCUUGAGAUUGAUGGUGGUUAUGAUCUCUGGGUGCUGCAUUAAGUUCCAACCAAAAAAACUGUCUUUCUUUUGAUAUAUCAUAUUUAUAUUUCUGGGCGAACAAUGAACAUUGCUGUCUGUUUAAUUAUAUGCAUAUAUGCAAGUGUAUUAAAUUAUCGUGUUUUUA